UUGUUCGGCAUAUGCGUCGAUGGUGACUGCGGCUGUAUUGAGGGAUUCAAAAAAUUGGGCAAAAUCUGCAUUGAUAUCAACGAAUGCGAAACACCGUCGAAAUGUCCAGCAAACUCGCGAUGUGUCAAUACAAUGGGUUCGUACAGAUGUGAUUGUGAUGCCGGCUUCAGUGACAGUGGGCAGUGUGUUCUACAAAAAGCGUGCACGGAUGUGUUCGAUAUCCGGUACACAGAGGAAGAUUGCAAUAACGGCGUUCAGGAACUAAGAUAUUACUUCGAUCACGAGACCCACACCUGCAAACAGUUUUUCUAUGGAGGAUGUGUAGGAAAGUCGAAGAACAUAUUCGCCGAUGCGAAGGUUCGAGAGCAGGAUUUGAGUGACGAGAAUCUGAAAGUCUGA